AUGAGUCCAUCCAGCAAGCCAGCCCAAUCCUUGCUCGACUCCAUCACAGUUCAUCCUGGGUUUGUUCGCGGGGCUGCUGGCCUGAACAGCAACCAGUCGGCUAUUGCCCGCUGUAAAUGGACAUACGCUCAACUUGUCCUAAGUCGGGGGAGGAACUUGGGAGUGUUCCCAUUCCGAAAGCAACAUUAUGAGUAUGGGGUAGCUGUGGGCAUCCGUCUAGGACAUGGAACGAAAAUGAAGGGGUACGAAGCUGACAUUGAAAACAGACAAGUAUGUAGCAGCAGCAGCUACAGCAAAGCAUGGGGUAGGCAAAAUCCUCCUAUGAGACUUGGCACACAGUGCUGUAGGCAUGUUACUACUCGAGGUAGGCUACCUUUCGCAUCAGGUUGGAAGUUGAUUACCUUGUUCACAACUAAGAAAACCACUUCUCAAUCUUUGAGUGCUCGUGUUCAAGCCCCCAACCUCUCUACUCUUCCCAUGUGUUGUUGA